AUGGUCGCAGCCGGCUCUCCCGCCCUGACGCCAGUCCAUCUGGCGUCCCUCGUAGACCCCUCUCUCCACAACCCCGCCACACUCCAACUCAUCAAGGUCGACCUUUCGCGAAAUCUGAUUGAGUACAUCGUUGACAAUGUCGUAGAGACAGUGGACUAUGCGCUCGGACGUCCGUCGUCCUCGCGUGGCCGCUCGCUCUCCCGCCGCUCGGAGCACAUCCAGUUUACAGACUUUGUCGCCGACGUCAUCCACAAGGCGGAAAUCAAAGUCCCAGCACUCCUAGUUACCCUCGUAUACAUUCAGAGGGCAAAGCCACAUCUUCAGAUCGCUCUCGAGCAGUGGGCAUGCGAGCGAGUAUUCCUCGGCGCGCUCAUCGUCGCGAACAAGUAUGCGAACGAUUCCACAUUAAAGAACAUCCAUUGGGCUCUCUGCACGGGCGUGUUCGGCAAGAGGGACAUUGGCCGGAUAGAACGCGAGUUUCUCGACGUCCUCAGCUUUGAGCUCGGCUUCACCGAGGCUGACGUCCUCGCACAUCAUUCUACCAUCAUGGCCUUCUCGCGGCCACAACAUCACGUCCGCUCGCACACCGAGCCCGUCAUCCCACCCGUUCGCAUCGCGCGCUCGCCGUCAGGCUCCCGCUGGAGCAUCGACUCGAGCGAAAUCGAAAUGGACGUCGAUUCGGACGUGUCCUCCGAGCCGAUCUCAUCACCGCGCACGCCUGCGGACUCUGCACCACUCGCAGCAGAGCCCAUCAAGCCCGCUGCGCUCGACUCUGUGCCUGUGCCUGCGCCGCAGUUCAUCGUUCUCCCGACGCCAUCGCCAGCCCACGUCAUCCAGACACACGGCGAUGCGGUAUAUACCCCGCACGAUGCGAUGCAACAACAACAUCAUCAUCAUCAUCAUCCCCCAUGCGAGCAGCCGUCACAACGGCCUUCAUCGCAGCACCGCCAUCAGCGCAUGGCGUCGGCGCUGCAACUCCUUCACUCGUUUCCCAUUCCAUAUUUCCACUCGCGCUCGUCGCAACCGGCACCGCCGCAGCCGCUCGCACACGCUCAUUCGCAUCCGCAUGCGCGCGGGUGCAGGCCAAUGCAGCCUCCGUCGAUCGCGGUGCCCUCAGCGACGUAUGCGCAACAGGUGCUCGUAUAA